AUGCACGCCUCCUCGCGUUUCACCCCGCGCCAUAGCCACAUUCACCAGCCACACCGGACUUUCCUCAUUCCGAAACCAGAUGUAGCUUUCACACCCGUUUCCCACCACCAAUGCAUCAUCCACAGUUUCACCUACUCUCAAGCUGUGUUUCAUUUCGCUUUCACUUCAUAUUCGUAUUAUUCAUUCUCCUUCCCAGGACGAGGCCUCAACCUGUUUGACCAUUGUCUCACCACUACAUCAAAGGCUCCUCAAUAUCUGAAUUUUGAGAUAGGCGCGAUAGCAGAGGACGGUAUCUGUAAGGUUUUCCCACUUUUCUAUUCUUAUGAUGCUGAAGGUGGGGAAGGAAGGUCAAAGAUUGAAGCGGUUGAAGUCGACGCUCGACUUUUGGAACAUCUCCGAGUGGAGCCUAACCUACUACCGUCUCUUGAAUGCCGAGGCAAUAUUGGAAGAGUCUACUUUGAGACAAACACUUUGAAAGACCUUAGAAUAUUCCAGACUUUCACAAUCGGUCAAAGACGUAAUUAUUGA